UGCUGGCCCGCAGAUGUCACGCGGUGAUUGGCGGUGUCUGAAGCCGCACCCCGGCUUCGCGGCCUUAGGUCAACGCAGAGCUCUGACGCCUGUCCCAGACCCUAUUGGGCGGCCGGUUUCCUGAAGGGCUUCUGAGCCUCAGUCUUCGGGCGGCGCUGGCCAUUGGCCGACAGGAUGGAGGAGGAGCCUCGGGUCGUCGCCCGUCGCCGGGGGUUAAGGUGAGGGACUGACUGCAGGCGAACCCGGCGACAGCGCGCCUCGCGUCGACUUUGGCCCCUCUGCCUGCCCCAGCGGGCACCCGCCUCCUUCAGGAUGACGCUGGACGUGGGGCCGGAGGAUGAACUGCCCGACUGGGCCGCCGCCAAGGAGUUUUAUCAGAAGUACGACCCUAAGGACGUCAUCGGCAGAGGAGUAAGCUCUGUGGUCCGCCGUUGUGUUCAUCGAGCUACUGGCCAUGAGUUUGCUGUGAAGAUUAUGGAAGUAACAGCUGAACGGCUGAGUCCUGAGCAGCUGGAGGAGGUGCGGGAAGCCACACGGCGAGAGACACACAUCCUUCGCCAGGUCGCCGGCCACCCCCACAUCAUCACCCUCAUCGAUUCCUACGAGUCUUCUAGCUUCAUGUUCCUGGUGUUUGACCUGAUGCGGAAGGGAGAGCUGUUUGACUAUCUCACAGAGAAGGUGGCCCUCUCAGAAAAGGAAACCAGGUCCAUCAUGCGGUCUCUGCUGGAAGCAGUGAGCUUUCUCCAUGCCAACAACAUUGUGCAUCGAGAUCUGAAGCCCGAGAAUAUUCUCCUAGAUGACAAUAUGCAGAUCCGACUUUCAGAUUUCGGGUUCUCCUGUCACUUGGAACCUGGCGAGAAGCUACGAGAGUUGUGUGGGACCCCAGGGUAUCUAGCGCCAGAGAUCCUUAAAUGCUCCAUGGAUGAAACCCACCCAGGCUACAGCAAAGAGGUCGACCUCUGGGCCUGUGGGGUGAUCUUGUUCACACUCCUGGCUGGCUCGCCACCCUUCUGGCAUCGGCGGCAGAUCCUGAUGUUACGCAUGAUCAUGGAGGGCCAGUACCAGUUCAGUUCCCCUGAGUGGGACGACCGUUCCAGCACUGUCAAAGACCUGAUCGCCAGGCUGCUGCAGGUGGAUCCGGAGGCACGCCUGACAGCUGAGCAGGCCCUACAGCACCCCUUCUUUGAGCGUUGUGAAGGCAGCCAAGCCUGGAACCUCACCCCCCGCCAGCGGUUCCGGGUGGCAGUGUGGACAGUGCUGGCUGCUGGACGAGUGGCCCUAAGCAUCCAUCGCGUACGGCCGCUGACCAAGAAUGCACUGUUGAGGGACCCUUACGCGCUGCGGUCAGUGCGGCGCCUCAUUGACAACUGUGCCUUCCGGCUCUAUGGGCACUGGGUGAAGAAAGGCGAGCAGCAGAACCGGGCGGCUCUCUUUCAGCACCGGCCCCCUGGGCCUUUCCCCGUCAUGGGCCCCGAAGAGGAGGGAGACUCUACUGCUAUAACUGAGGAUGAGGCUGCACUGGUGCUGGGCUAGGACCUCAACGCCAGGGAUUCCCAGGAAGCAGAACUCUCUAGAAGAAGGGUUUGAUCAUUCCAGCCCCUCUGGGCUCUGGCCUCAGGCCCACCAUUAAUCCCACUACCCUGUUAAAGACCAGCCUGGCACUUCUCUCCCCACUGGCCAGGGCUCUGAGAUCAGAGCUGGGUGGAAGGGAGCCACUCUGAAUGCCAUGCCUGGCCCGGUCAGUGCUGCCUGCACUACAUAUGAAAUAAAAUCCGCUACAUGCCAGGGA